GAGAGAGUGGUGAGAGACGCACCACCUGCAACACUGAUCACACACUGACCCCAUCUCCUGCUCCAAACAGUGAUCACGUGAGCUAGGAUGCCGGAGUAUAAGCUCAUCUACUUCGAUGCCAUGGGACGAGCCGAGCUCACUCGCUGGAUCUUCAAGCUAGCUGACAUCCCUUACACUGACGAACGCAUCCCUGCUGAGGAGUGGCCAGAGAGGAAGAAAAGUACACCUGGAGGAACACUGCCGGUGCUGCUAGUGGACGAGCAGGUGCUGCGACAGUCCAUGGCCAUCGCCAGGUAUGUGGCCAGGGAGGCCGGCCUCGUGCCCCAGGACAACCUGGAGUCCGCCUUAUGCGACGCCCUCGUCGAGACUGUCAUGGAACUACAACAACAGAUGAUAAAGAUCAUGAGGAGUCCUGGUGAUGACGAAGAGAAGAAGACCAAGCUGCAGCAGGAGUUCAUACCCAACCAGGUGGAGCAGUUCUUUACCUGCCUUCGUGAACGUCUUCAUGACCGCGAGUGGUACUGUGGUGACCAGGUCAGUCACUCAUGA